AUGGCAUCCAACACGGGCAUAGGCGGACUCCGUGCUCUGAUGGACAUCCUUCAUUCCACCGUCGACAAGCUCGACGAGACGAUGGCUAGCCGUGGCCAGACUUUCCCGUCUCUAGACGACUCGUACAGCGUCGAAAGUGAGGCCCCGCGCAACUCGCCUGACGUCUUGGCCCUGUGUAAUAUUCUCGUCUCCGCCGCUAGCCAACUUAUUGCAGCGGCCUGCCCGACAACCACAUCAACUUUCCUUACCUCACUACAGUAUCAAACGUCUGCUUGCUUACGCGCUGUAGUCCGUGCACAUGCCGCAGAAGUCAUCAGAGAAGCUGGCCCAAAGGGGCUGCAUAUCUCACAGAUUGCGAAGCCAACUAACAUGGAUCCUAACAAGCUUGCCCGGAUUCUGCGAUUAUUGGCAACCAACCACAUUUUCAAGGAGGUCGCUCCAGAUGUCUUCGCGCACAACAGGACCUCGUCUAUCUUAGACACCGGAAAGCCAGUUUCAGAGAUCCUGGAAGACCCAGUAGCGAAACACGACGGUACUUCGGGAAUGCCGGCUCUGGUAGAGCAAUUGUCGGACUACUCGAUUAAGGCUGCAGCCUACAUGCCUGAGACACUUCUCGACCCGUCGUCAGCAGCCACAGGCAAGACUGCGUUCAAUCGCGCCUACAAGACUGAGCUGACGGUGUUCGAGUGGCUCAAGCAGCCGGAAAAUGCGCACAUCCACCGCCGUUUCAACAUGGCCAUGGCAGGCCUCGCUAAGUUGGGCGUGCCUUGGGAGGUUUUUGAAGGAUUCGACUGGCAGACGCUGCCAGAGAAGUCAUUGGUCGUCGACGUCGGUGGUGGUGUUGGCUCGCAGACUCUGACGCUUGCUAAGAAGUGUCCACACCUGAAUUUUGUCAUCCAAGACACUGAAGCCACACAGCCCAAUGCUGAAAAGUACUGGGCUGAGCGCUUCCCUGAGGCUAUCUCUUCGGGUCGCGUGCAAUACCACGUUCACAAUUUCUACGAACCACAACCCAUCCGCUCUCCAGCAGUGUACUACCUGAAGAAUGUCCUUCACGACUGGUCUGACAGCCGCUGUACCACCAUCCUCCGUCACCUCCGUGACUCGGCAGGUCCCGAUACCAAGCUUGUCAUCCAUGAGAACGUCAUGGAGUACGCCUGCGAGGGCUCGUCGCUGACGGUACCAGGCGUCAGCGUCUCGUCCGCGACUAAAGCUUACCCGCCUCCACUCUUGCCCAACGCUGGCCAGGCAUCUAUGUUCACGUAUUACAUUGAUAUCGUGAUGAUGAACACUCACGGCGGGGUCGAACGUACCCUGCCGCACUUCUGCGAGCUGCUGGCGAACUGCGGCUGGAAGGCGAUUAGUCUGUACAAGGGCCCGCCGGGCGAACGGGGGAAGAUCAUUGCAGUCCCACAACAGCAUGAUUAG